AUGGCGCUGCGCUCCGGGGGGCUCCCGGCGCCCAACCGGACGCGCCUCGAGGUCCGCCCGCACGGCUGCGGCAACGGGGCGCUGCUCGACCGCUUCGGGGUCUUCGUCCAGGCGCUGCUGGCCCUGGUCGCCUUCAGCACGCUCAUGCUAAAACGAUUUAAGGAGCCAAAAGAAGAGAGGCGACCUUGGAGAAUAUGGUUUUACGAUACCUCAAAGCAAGCCAUCGGUGCUCUCUUCAUCCACUUUGCCAAUGUCUUCUUGUCUGACCUUACGGAAGAAGAUCCCUGCUCUCUUUACUUGAUGAAUUUCAUCCUGGAUGCCACCUUGGGAAUGCUCUUGAUCUGGCUUGGGGUGAAGACGGUCUCAUGGAUUGUGGAGUGGCGCAAGUGCACCUAUCUUGUUUUUGGCGAGUAUGGGGACCCACCCCAGGCAGCUGCUUGGAUUGGUCAAUGCCUUCUCUACUUGCUAAUAAUGAUCUUUGAGAAAACCACUAUUGCUCUUGUCUUACUCAUUCCUGGUUGGACAAAGCUUCAGGAAAUCCUUCUGGAUUAUAUCCCUUCUCCCCAGCUGGAGCUGGUAUUGGUGAUGCUUGUGGUUCCUUUUAUAGUCAAUGCUCUCAUGUUCUGGGUUGUCGACAGCUUGAUCAUGAAAAAAUACAAGGAGAAAGGAAAGCUGGAGGUCCAGGGCGCGACGGAAUAUCCGCAGGCUUUGAAAGAUGACGAAUUCCAGGUCCUGCUUUGUCCCACUUUGGACUUUGACCAUUCCCGAAGUGACCUAGACCUGUCAGCGUCUCUUCACCAAAGCAGGAGCCCAAGUUUAAGAAACUGAGAUUAUCAAGUAGCCCUUUAACAACGAUUUAAAAUUAUUAUUGGGUGGCUGUUGUUGCUGUUUGGAAUAUGGUGCUGGGUUAUUUGGAAGGUAUUAAAAUUGCAUUUUUGGUUGUGUGUUGUCCUGCUAAUUCCAGUUGAACCAUUUAUUCUGGCUGGCCAGCUGGUGAUAGUUUCUGAUUGAUUCUGCAUCGUAGCACCUUUUUUUAAAAAAAAUCAAAAAUAAGAAUUGAAACAAUUUGCCUUGUGCAAACUUUAUGACACACAAAAGCACAGACCACUUGUCAAUCUAAUAUAAUUAGCAAAACUGUAUUUAAAAAGCCUUGUCUGGCCUUAUUGACUCAAUUUUUUUACUUCUCUUUUGUAAAAGUAAUAAAGAUUUCAUAUUUAAAUG